AUACUUCUCCAGAACGUUGUCAAUCGCAAGUGGUGUGGGACUAGUUACAAUUAAGGCCACUAGCAACCAAGUGUGUGACUAUUGACUUGGAAAUGGAAACAUUGAGAGAGUAACAAACGAAUGAAUAAAGAGCUUUCCUAGAAGCAACUUUUCGUCGAGGAUUUAUAGACAUAAAUUAAUGUAUUUACAAUCACACUUUCUUGUGUGGCGAUAUCAUAUAUGCUCAGCUCAACAAUAUGGCUUCAUCACAAUCACAAUGUGUUAGUGUUCUGUCACUGUUUAUUCUGUUCUUCUUCUUCUUCUUCUUGUCACCAUUAAUCCAAUGGAAAGCCCAAGCUGGCGUUACUCUUCCAACGGCUGAAGUGGAAGCCAUUAAAGAAAUAGCUGCACAAAUGAACAAGACAGACUGGAACUUCGAUGACCCUUGUAGUAACCAAUCGACUAUUGAUAAACCACGCACAGAAAAUUACAUCAAUGAAAUCGUAUGCAAUUGCUUCAUCCCUGCUCAUAAUGAAUGCCAUAUCCAAAGCUUUAAUUUUUCAGAACAGGAUCUUGAUGGUAAUCUUCCACCAUCACUAUGGAAGCUACCUUACCUUAAGGAAAUUAAAUUGGAACGGAACAUCCUCAAAGGUCCGAUACCAAGAGAGUGGACUUUGACAAAGUUAGAAUCUGUGCACAUUAGUGCAAACAAUUUAUCAGGGCCAAUCCCUGCCUAUAUAGGAAACAUCACCACUCUCACCUAUUUGUCCUUGGAGAGCAACUUGUUUUCUGGAACUGUUCCCUCUGAGCUUGGGAAAUUGGUGAACUUGACUCUUUUGAAUCUUAAUGCAAACAAUCUCACUGGAGAGUUCCCUCUGGCUCUUACUAACCUCACAAAGUUAACCACGCUUAGGAUCAGUAGUAACAACUUUACAGGAAGUAUGCCUGAGUUUAGCGGUUGGAAACAACUUCAGCGCUUAGAAAUGGAAGCAAGUGGUUUCAAAGGGCCAAUUCCUUCUAGUAUUUCCAGCUUGGAUAAGUUGAUACAAUUAAGGAUUACUGACUUAAAUGGAGAGAGCUCAAAUAUUCCGGACUUAAGAAACAUGACAAACAUAAGAAAUGUGAUGAUGAGGAGCUGUAAUUUAAGAGGAAAUAUCCCUGAAUACUUUCGUAAUUUUGAAACUCUAAACGUCUUAGAUCUUAGCUUCAAUAAACUUACAGGGGGAGUUCAAAAUUUGGAACAUUUAAUUCGAUUGAGAACACUAUAUUUAACAAGUAACUUACUCAGUGGGCCUAUUCCAAAGUGGAUCAUAUCCAGAGGAGCUACCUUCCAAAUAGAUUUAUCUUACAAUUACUUUUCAGAGAUAUCUGAACUAUCAACUUGUAAAGGUUCUUCUUUAAAUCAGUUUCGAAGCACAUCUGGACAUGAAAACAACUCAAUGCUCAGCCAGUGCUUGUCUCCAUGCUCAAAAGAGCAUUAUUCGUUGCACAUAAAUUGUGGUGGAAAACAAACCACCAUUGGAAACAUCAAAUAUGAAGGGGAUCAAGGAUUGGUACAUCCUUCAAAAAUGUUUCAAAGCUCAACCAAUUGGGGAUUUAGCAACACUGGAGAUUCAUGGGAUUCUAAUAGUAAAGCCGAGGACUACAUGGCAAACAAUGCAUCAGUAUUACGAAUGAACAAUUCCGAGCUCUACACAACUGCGCGCAUCUCACCUCUUUCGCUAACUUGCUACGCUCGUUGCUUAGGAAAUGGAAAUUACACUGUGAAACUUCAUUUUGCAGAGAUAGUAUUCAGAGACAACAUAUCUUUUUACAGUCUUGGAAGGCGAAUAUUUGAUGUUUAUGUUCAGGGAAAACUAGAGUUGAAAGAUUUCAACAUUGAAAAGGAAGCUAAAGGAGUCGAUAAGGAAAUUAUCAAAGUAUUUAAGGCAGUUGUUGUGAGUCAUAAGACACUCGAGAUCCGCCUCCAAUGGACAGGGAAAGGGACAAGGAAUAUUCCAAAGCGUGGAUCAUAUGGCUCUUUAAUAUCAGCUAUCUCAAUAAAUUCUGAUUUCGAACCUCCGAGAACUAACAAAACAAAAAAGUUCAUCAUUAUCGGACUUGUUUCAUUUUUUUGCCUUCUUUGCAUAGCCUAUUUAUGCAUUCUUUGGUGGAAAGCCUAUUUUGGAAGCAAGGAAUCAAAGGAUGAAGUUCUCAGAGGAUUAGAUAUACGAACUGGUUUCUUUACCUUUAGGCAAAUCAAAGCUGCCACUAACAACUUUGAUGCUACAAACAAAAUAGGAGAAGGUGGAUUUGGAUCGGUUUAUAAGGGUGUACUAUUAGAUGGCACAAUUAUCACAGUUAAGCAACUUUCCUCUAAAUCGAAUCAAGGGAAUCGUGAAUUCAUAAACGAAAUAGGCAUGAUUUCUGCUUUACAACACUCGAAUCUUGUCAAAUUGCAUGGAUGUUGUAUUGAAGGAAAGCAACUGUUGUUGGUUUAUGAAUACAUGGAAAACAAUAGCCUAGCACAUUCUUUAUUUGGUUCUGAAGAAGUUGAAGUGAAAUUAGACUGGAAUACAAGGCAAAGAAUAUGUAUAGGCAUUGCAAGAGGUUUGGCUUUCCUACAUGAGGAAUCAGCUCUGAAAAUUGUACAUAGAGACAUCAAAGCCACAAAUAUACUACUAGAUAGGGACCUUACCCCAAAAAUAUCAGACUUUGGUCUGGCCAAACUAAAUGAAGAGGACAACACCCACAUUAGCACCAGAGUUGCUGGAACUAUAGGAUACAUGGCCCCUGAAUAUGCAUUAUGGGGUUACUUAACUGAUAAAGCAGAUGUCUACAGUUUUGGAGUAUUGACAAUGGAAAUUGUGGCUGGAAAAAAUAACAUGAAAUACCGCCCUAAUGAAAACUUUGUGUGCCUUCUAGAUUGGGCCCUAUUCUUGCAACAAAAGGGGGAUGUAAUGGAGCUGGUGGAUCCAAAGUUGGGAUCCAAAUUCACAAAAGAAGAGGCAAAACGAAUGAUUAAGGUAGCUCUAUUGUGCACAAAUCCAUCACCUUCGCUUCGCCCCACCAUGUCUACUGUAGUGAGCAUGCUUGAAGGUCGAACUACCAUCCCUGAACUGGUUAUGGAUUCAAGUUCUCAUGAUGAUCCGUUCAGGUUGACCGGGUUGCGAGACAAGCUUGAUCAGAUUUCACAACAAACCUCCAAUAGUGAAUCUCAUAGUUUUCUUGCUCAGUCAUCCAACUCAUCAUCAAUGUGGAUUGAUUCUGGAUCUGCAUGAUCUCUUUAUCUUCAGUGAGAGUUAACAUCAUAUCUCUUCUUUUAUAUUGUUUUCCAUAUAGAAAUGUCUUUAUAUUUAGGUAAGUUAAAGUGUGAACUAGAAUUAUUUGCAAACAAUUAAAGAAAACUAUCUUUUAUGAUUUUAUUAUUCA